GUUGAGAAGGAAGAUAAACCUGUGAUAGAUUCUACAUGAAAACCAACCUUGAUCUUUAAUGAAGUCUAUGAUUUACCCUAAAGGUUCUGAAUCAACCAGCUCAGAACUAUCUCCUAAAAAUGAUUAAUAAUUUUUUCAUCCUUUUGAUUUACCUUUCUAAAUGCAGCUCAGAUAAUGCAGACAUCGAGUCUCAGAAUCAUCUGAAGAUUGUUCAAGCUGGAGACAGUGUUAACUUCACCUGUAUUUUUCCAAAAGAGUCAAGAACCACUGUUGCUUGGGUCAAACAAAGAGCUGGAGAGAAACCCCUUUUAAUCACUUCGUCAUAUCAAGCUUUACCUGCCGUGUUUGAAAAUGACUUUAACAAACAUAAUCGCUUUUUUGUAGAAAAAGAUGACAGCCGUUUUAAUCUGAGCAUCACAAAUGCAAAAGAAUCGGACACUGCAACAUACUAUUGUGUUAAAUAUAUAUAUCAGUUCAUAUUUGGGGAAGGCACUGAUCUCAUUGUUAAAGGCAGACAGCUGAACAUGCACUCUGACCAUGAGAGAGCUGUGAUAGAUCCAGUGCAUCCAGAAGACUCUGCAGUGGCGCUGCAGUGCACUGUCCUCACUCAGAGCUGUGCAGGAGAACACAACGUCUACUGGUUCAGACGUGAAUCUGGAGAAUCCCCUCCAGGAAUUAUAUUCACUCAGGAGCGCAGGAACGCUCAAUGUGAGAGGAGCUCUGAUGUGAACUCUACUGCACACAAAUGUAUCUACAGCCUGCCCAAGAGGAACCUCAGUCACUCUGAUGCUGGGAUUUACUACUGCGCUGUGGCCGCAUGUGGAGAGAUACUGUUUGGAGAUGCAAGAAAACCUGACAUACCAGGUUUUCAGACACCAUGGAUAAUUGCCCUGGUUUUAGGAACUUUAAACUGUUUAUCAGUGAUUGUGAUCAUAUUUCUGGGUACACAGUUGUACAAGCAGCGAAAAAAAGAUGGGACUCAGAAUAUUCAGACUGGUCACUUAAUGGAUGAAGACAGAGAUGCUUUGAAUUAUGCUGCUUUAAGCUUUCAACAAAAGUCCAGCGCCCCUAGAAGACCGAGAGAAAAAUGUACAAGAUAA